AUGAACAGGGACUGGCAGCAACCACGCCUGCCCAUUCCGCGCAGAAAGCCCCAGCAGCCCGGCUGCCCGCCGCACCGCGCGCCCCCCUGCCCGCAGCUCACACCCCCUGCUCCUGCCCUUGACCACAAACGCGGCCGGGCCGGGCCAGGCCGGACCGGGCCGGGUGGCGCCGGUAGCAGGGCGGCCGGGCAGCCCGAGGAGGCCGGGCUCCGCGCGGACCGGCGUGCGCCCGGGUCCCCUCGCCGCGUGUCCUUCGGCCGGGCCGCGAGGUCAGGCCGGCUCUCCCUCGCCGGCCCUCCGCGCCUGGGGCCCUCGGCCUCCGGCCGGCCCCCGCCGUUCCUGGUCCGCGUGCGUACCUGCGCCGGGCCUCCCUCCCUGGCUCCGCACGCGGGCGGCGCGGGCACCGGCGGGCCAGGGCAGGGGCGCGUCCUGCCCGCGCGCCCGCCCGCCUCCCCGCACCGCCGCUCGCCCGCCCGCCCGCCGCCGCGUCCGCGGCGCACGUACCUGCUCGCGCCGCGCGGGGCUCUCCGGCUGCUGCCGCGGGAGGCUCCGGGGAGGGAGGGGCAGGGGCGGGGGCCGGGGAGCUCCGAGAGCCGCCGAGCCAGCUCCGCCCGCGACCGGCGCGGGCGCCCGGAGAGUUAG